AUGCCUGAAAGAGAUUCCACUAAGCUGCUAGCAUUAUGGUGUAUUCUCUGCAUAUUCUCCUGUAUUGCUUCCUUUGCAAAUGCUGCUACUGAUGAUCAUAGCGAAGCAGAAGCUUUAUUGAACUGGAAAUCCAAACUUAAGGAUGAAAGCAAAGCUACCUUGUCCUCUUGGAAGAAUGACAGUAACCCUUGCAGGCAGAACUGGAAGGGAAUUUCAUGUGACGAAUCCAUGUCCGUGAUCAACAUCAGUCUACGAAAUCUCAACCUACAAGGUACUCUUGCGAGUCUCAACUUCACUUCCUUUCCUAAUCUGCAAAAUUUUGAUCUGAGUUUCAACAAAUUUUAUGGAAACAUACCCCAUCAAAUUGGUAACUUGUCCAGUAUUCUGAAGCUGCAACUGUCAGGUAAUUCUUUUAGUGGUCCCAUCCCUCCUGAAAUCGGGAAACUAACCACCCUGAAUAAUCUUGAUCUUGGUGGAUGUAAACUCAGCGAGCGAAUUCCCCAAGAAAUUGGCAAUUUGAGGAAUUUGACGCUCCUAUCGCUUCUCCGAAACUCCCUUUCUGGUGCCAUUCCAGAAGAGAUUGGAUUGUUAAGUAAUCUUUUGAAGCUUUAUUUGGGAGAAAACUCUCUGUCAGGUAGAAUCCCAUCAUCAAUUGGAAACUUGAACGAGUUGCAAGAAAUUUAUCUUUAUGACAACAAUCUCUCGGGUCCUAUUCCUAAUGGAUUCUGGAAACUCUAUUCUCUCACUGUCAUUUAUUUGUAUUCUAAUAGACUGUCGGGGCCAAUCUCUCCCUUUAUUGGAAACCUAACAAACCUAAAAGAAUUGGACUUGCAUGAGAACAAUUUUUCCGGUCCAAUUCCUUCAUCCAUUGGUAACUUGAUCAAUGUGCCUGAGAUCUAUCUUCAAAACAACAAAUUUUCAGGAUCCAUUCCUUCCACUGUAGGAAAUUUGACAAAGCUCAGCGUCCUAAUCUUGGGCGCCAACAAUCUCACUGGUCAACUUCCACAAGAAAUGAAUAAUUUGACAGCUUUGUAUAACAUACAACUGAGUUAUAAUCAUUUCACUGGCCCUUUGCCACAACAAAUUUGUCAAAGUGGGACGUUGCAUGUAGCGACCCAAAAUUUUAAAAUUAAAUAAAUUUUUUUAAUUAAUAUUAAUUUAUUUAUCAUAAUUUUAGGAUAAGUGAGGAAUAGUAAUUUAGCAAAAUUGAUACUCACUAUUUAUAUGGAGAUUUAGAGUUUGAAUGAGAUUUAGAGUUUGAAUCUUAUUUAAGUUAAAUGUUAAUUUAUUUUCUUUUAUUGGGAGAAAGUGCUGAAAUGCCUUCGCUUUUUUUUAGAAUAUAAUAUUAAUAAUAAAAAAAAAUCUGAUGGGUCUUCAUUUGAAAUUUUUCCAUCAACUUUCAUAUA